AUGGUGCCCAGGAAUCCAGCUUUCUAUCCAAUCGCAAUGAUUGGAGGAGUGAUUUGGUGCUCAGGCAACUGCCUCACCGUGUACAUCAUCCGACAGAUCGGCCUUGGACCAGGACUGGUGACAUGGGGCACCACUGCGCUGAUCAUCGGAUGGGUGACGGGUUUUUUUGGCCUGUUUGGGCUGCAAAGUGAUCAACCGUGCCUUGAGAAGCCAUGGCUUAAUGUAGUAGGCCUUGGGUUUGCACUUUUGGCCUUGGCAGGCAGCACCCUAAUUAGGAAAACAGAGCCCCUGAAGCCUCCUUUGCUGGUGGGUCCUGGCGGCGAGCCUGAGGAUAUGCCCACUUCAGAUUCUUUUCUUGAGCGGCCCACAGCCGCCAAGGGGCGAGCCAAGGGGAUUCUGGCAAGUUUGAUUGCUGGAACCUGCUAUGGCUUGAAUUUUCUGCCAUCCACUUGGAUACAGCAGCACGUGAAGGGGGCUUCGCAAGAUGGCUUAGACUACGUAUGGAGCCGAGCGCAAGGUCUUCAAUCAGUCCAGAACUGA